AUGGCACCCAAAACGCUUUACGAAAAGAUCUUUGACUCGCACCUCGUCCACGAGGAGGCGGAUGGCACCUGCCUCAUCUACAUCGACCGUCACUUGGUGCACGAGGUCACGUCGCCACAGGCGUUUGAAGGUCUGCGCAAUGCAAACCGCAAAGUGCGCAGAACCGACUGCACGCUUGCCACCGUCGACCACAACAUCCCUACCGCCUCGCGCAAGUCGUACCGCGAUACAAAGUCGUUUGUCGAGCAGGUCGAUUCGAGAACACAGUGCAUGACGCUGGAGGAAAACGUCAAGGCGUUCGGUCUCACCUUCUUUGGUCUCUCGGACAACCGUCAGGGUAUCGUACACAUCAUCGGUCCCGAGCAAGGAUUCACCCUGCCCGGUGCGACGAUCGUCUGCGGUGACUCGCACACCUCCACGCAUGGUGCCUUUGGUGCUCUCGCCUUUGGUAUCGGCACUUCUGAGGUCGAGCACGUGCUUGCCACGCAGACGCUGCUCCAGAAGCGCGCCAAGAACAUGCUCAUCCAGGUCGAUGGCGAGCUUUCGCAAGGCGUCACCUCCAAGGACAUUAUUCUGCACAUCAUCGGUCUGAUUGGUACUGCCGGUGGUACGGGUCACGUGAUCGAGUACGCCGGUUCGACAAUCCGUUCCCUUUCCAUGGAGGCUCGAAUGUCGAUCUGCAACAUGUCGAUCGAAGCGGGUGCACGUGCCGGUCUGAUCGCCCCCGACGAGAUCACGUACGAAUACAUCAAGGGGCGUCCUCUCGCACCCAAGCAGGGUGAAGCGUGGGACCAGGCGCUCGCCUACUGGAAGACGCUUCCCAGUGACGAGGGCGCGCAGUACGACACGGUGAUCAAGAUCGAUGCCAAAGACAUUCCGCCUACAGUUACCUGGGGUACGUCGCCACAGGAUGUGGUUGCGAUCACGGGCACUGUGCCGGACCCGAAGAACGCGUCGAACGAAGCUGAGGCGAAAGCGUGGACGCGCGCUCUCGAGUACAUGGGCCUGGAAGCGGGGACGCCGAUGGAAAAGAUCAAGAUCGACAAGGUGUUUAUCGGGUCGUGCACCAAUGCGCGAAUCGAGGAUCUGCGCGCUGCUGCUCGUGUGCUGCACGGACGCAAGGUGGCAGAUGGACUGUACUGCAUGCUCGUGCCCGGUUCGGGGCUGGUCAAGAAGCAGGCCGAAGCCGAGGGGCUCGACAAGAUCUUCCAGGCGGCCGGAUUCGACUGGCGCGAGGCAGGAUGCUCCAUGUGUCUGGGCAUGAAUCCGGACCAGCUUGCGCCUGGCGAGCGAUGUGCUUCCACGUCGAACCGCAACUUUGAGGGCCGACAGGGCGCAGGUGGACGCACGCAUCUCAUGUCGCCUGCCAUGGCUGCAGCUUGUGCUGUGACCGGCUACCUGACCGACGUUCGCAAAGUGGUUGGUCAUUCGUCCGCCAAGGUGGGAAGCGAUGCGGCCAAGCCGGCGUUUGAAAUCGAGGUCUCGGACGCUAAAUCGUACCUGGUAGAUGCGACGCCUGCUCCUGCGCCGACGAAUGUGGCUGCGGCGGGUGCGGGUGCGCUAACGGACGAAGAUGCGUUGCGCGAUGUACCUGCAUCGCACAUUUCUUCGAGCGGAGGUGGAAUGGAAAAGUUCACUACGCUUACUGGCAUUGCGGCGCCACUGGAACGAUCCAACGUCGACACGGACCUGAUCAUCCCCAAGCAGUUUCUCAAGACGAUCAAACGCACAGGACUCGGCUCGGCGCUGUUCUGGCCACUGCGCUACGAUGCCAAGACGGGCGAGCCCGACCCGGCGUUUGUGCUCAACCAGAAGCCGUACGAUCAGAGCAAGAUCCUUGUGGUUACAGGACCGAAUUUCGGGUGUGGCUCGUCUCGCGAACAUGCGGCUUGGUCGCUGCUUGAUUUCGGCAUUCGCGCCGUGAUCGCCGAAAGCUUUGGCGACAUCUUCCGCAACAACCUCACGAAAAACGGACAGCUUCCGGUCGUGCUCAGUCGCGCUCAGAUUCAGAGACUUACCCAAGACGCCAAGGCGGGCAAGCAGAUCACUGUCGACCUGGUCGAUCAGCUCGUCAUUACGGCCGAUGGAAAAGAGAAAUUCAGCUUUGAAACUCCCGAAUUCACGAGGCACUGUCUCAUUAACGGUCUCGACGAUAUCGCGCUUACCCUCCAGCGCGAUGCUCAGAUCGGCGCAUUCGAGCGCAACAGAUCUACACACACCCCUUGGCUCGACGGUUUCGGCUAUCACGCCAACUCGAAUUCCUCGAGUCUCUUGGAUUCCGCAAAACCUCUCGUCAACAACGUCACUGCCACAGACUGGUGA